CGUCCUGGUUAAUUUGGACAAUAGUGGCAAUCUGAACGUUUGCUAAUGAGGUCUCUGUUUUGUGUUACAGUACUAACGGGAAUGGUGCUUGCAUCUGGACUUAAUAUAAAAGAAGUUGAUGUGGAUGGUAAUCAUUAUGUGGAAUGGGGGGAUAACUUGGCCCUUACAUGUUCACAGGAUAAUCCUCCAUUCGGAAAAGCUAGCAUAGAUUGGUUUCUGCCGUCUCAACCAAACCGGCCUGUUGGAUAUGGUAACAAAGCUCAUGUUUACCGUCAAGAUCAGUUGGAUUCUACGGUAUUGGUUUUAGUUGUCCGUUCUGUGAACACAGAUGAUUCCGGAAUAUACACCUGCCGUACAGGAAGACAAGAGGGAAAUCAGUUUAUUGAAAUGGGUCGGAAAAGUAUCAACGUCAUAGUAAAGAAAAGUAUUGUGGCUACAGACUGUCCGAGAGACCAAUGGAUCCCUAUAUUAGGAGAGAAUAUAAAAUGUAGGGACAAUCUUACAGACUGUUCAGUACAUACUGCUACAGUUCGAUGUAUAAUCGAGGCCUUUCCUGCACCUACAAUUCACUGGCGUUUCAAAGGAGUUCAGCUAACUACAGGUACUAAAUAUAUUAUGACGAAUUUUGGGAUAACAAUUCUGAACCCAACAACUGAAGAUUCUGGCAUUUAUACCGUGAUUGCUAGACAACCACAACAAACUGCUGUCUUUGACUUGCAUAUUUCCGCAUUCAGCCGUCCGCGUAUUACUUCAGGCCCAUCAAUCGUUAGAACAUACAACAACACUUUUGUAUCUGGGAGAGAAGCAUUCCUUCAGUGUUUAGCAUCUGGUCAGCCCCCACCUACCAUACACUGGUAUCAUGAACGAGACUCACAAACCGAAUUACAAAAAGUAAAUCCUAAAAAGUUUUCAGUGAAUACAAAUUGUCGUAUUGGUCUCCUUUGGAUUUCAGAAGUAGCGUAUCCUGAGGAUUCAGGCAGUUAUAUAUGUCGAGCUGUUAUUCCUGUUCCUGCAACAUAUUCUGGUUCCGCCUUAGCAACAACAACUGAAGCCCAGAUAUCCAUUGAGGUUACACUUCCUCCCACUCUGAUACCUCUCACAACUAUGCAUAGUUUUGUAGAACAGGGAGAUACUGCUACUGUUCAGUGCCGAGUACGUGCUACAACACCAAUGGAAUUUUAUUUUAAGCGCUUUAAUUCAAGUACACCUUACAUAGACGGUGUUCAACCUGGUGAUAAACGUAUUCGUGUAUGGAGAGAAAGUGUUGAGAAUGAUCCAUUAAACCAUGAUUUAUUUUUAACAAUCGAAAAUACGACUCUAGACGAUACAUGGAACUAUACUUGUCAUGCAAUUAAUCAAGGCAAUUCUUCGUGGUGGAAUACAACAAUUCAAGUGAUGCAAACUCCACAAAUUUCACUACAUUCAACAUUAAAUACUGAUGAUGAACUAAGUGGAUUAAGAUUCGGUUGGCGAUAUCAAGGAACCAAUGUAACUUGCAUCUCACGUGGAAUGCCACAUCCAACAUGGACCUGGUAUCGUCGUGGUGAACAAAUAUUAAAUGGGCAGAAUUUGACAUUUGUAAUAAUUACUUAUGAUUACUGGGAUCAUAGUCAGUCAUGGCUUCAAAUUACACCCUGUUUAUAUACGGAACAUUUCAUUUAUGAUGACUAUGUGUGCAAAGCUACGAAUAUUAAGGGGACAAACGAAAGCAAAGUUAGCUUUCGAAGAGCUUCUGUUCCUGGACAACCGAAAUUAGAAAGCUAUUCGGUUACACAAUCAACGAUAUUUUUGAAUGUCAGUCCUCCGACUAACACUGGGGGCAUGCCAACUUUAGCAUACGAAAUAAUUUAUAGAGCUUUUGGCGGACCUGAAGGGUGGUAUGGUCCAGUCACCUAUCCGCUAGAUGCUUCUAAAGUUUCUGGUAGGCCGAAAUUCGAAUUGACUGGUUUACUGGGUAAUACUAAUUACCAAUUAAAGUUAUUUGCCCGUAGCAUUGUUGGACAAGGUACACCAUACAGUUUUUCAAUCACUACACCUUCUAGUACUCGUCCAGGUCCUGUGGAGGUUAUCCAUUCGGCAGCUGGAAUUUAUCCUUAUGGUCAUGUUGUAAAUUGGAUUCCACCAAUGAGUGGUGGUUCUCCAAUUCUUGGCUAUCGACUUCGUGUUCGAUCUAUCGACAAUGGUUUGAAUUUAAUCAGUAUGAUAGAAAAUAUUUCACCUUCUAGCCCAUGGAAAGUUUAUACACCAUCCUUUAAUAAUCCUUAUAUGAAUUAUUAUCACUUGGCUCCAUUGAAACCAGAUCAAACAUAUCAAUUAAUUAUAGAGGCUUAUAAUCGUCAUGGUUACUCUCUAGAUGGUGUUGAUAUUCAACAGUAUGGUUAUUUAAAUCGUACACCUACAUCAACACCUCAACUUCAACAAAUAUUUCCUGGGGAAAGAUUAAAUUAUCAAAAUCCUGAAAGAUUGUCCAAUUCUCUUAAUCUGUUAACCAAUUCCGAACAGUCUGACCUCGUUCCCAUAUGGUAUUUGUUUGAAACACCAUCAGCUGAUGAAUUGAAUUCGCCAUCGCUUUUGUUUAAUAGUAAUCAUAAUUCACUGAAGUAUAAUUCUUAUCAAAAUGUUUUAUUACUAGGAAUCUAUACAUUUACUAUGUCUAUAUUAUUCUGCUGAGCAGUAAAUCACUUAACAUACACACUAACCCGGUUGUUUAACAGACAUUUUUUUCAGCAUUUUGUGUCCAGAUAAAGUGACUUUUUUUUAAAAAAAAACAAUAUUUUUAAACUACUUUGGAAGGACUUUUUAUGACAGUUUUUUUCCAGUCAUGAUUAUUAUUAUUAUAAGCUUUUGUAUGCAGGUAAUUAUUUGGCAUUUACAAUCUAAUUUGCGCUUUAUGUAUAUUGUCCUUUUUUUUUAAAAAAAAAGCAAACUUGCGUGUUUGCUAUAUUUAGUAAUUUUCUCAUUCAUCCAUCAUCCACUGCAAUAACAUCCCGCUGUUCAACAUGCUCUAUUAACAUUUUCAUAAGAAUAAUAAACAUCAUAAUAACAGUCAUUAUGAAUAAUGAUUAUUUUCUAUUCCUUUAUUCUUGUUGAACAAACAAUUUCUUUAAUGUUGGGAACCAAUAAAAUUGACUUGAUUUCCUUAAAAAUUCUAAUUAUCAUGCUGAUCUCAUUUUUGCUGACAGUUUUUACUUUCUCUAAUAUUUUUAGCGGCCAUUAA